UGGUGAAUGCUCCUACACUCAUGCGGGUACAGUCAUCCAAAAUCAUAUGAGUGGGAGAAAACCCCAUCAAUAUAAGUGAAUUGAGCGGUGAUCAUUCCAUUGAGACCGUGAUUCGAGACAACAACUGAUCUCUGCGAUCAACCUGGGAGAUAUGGCCACAACCGACGCAGUAGGAGCGCCACCAGCCGUGGAAGCCAAUAUCGACGACAAGAAAGGCUCGGCACAACAAAUCGACCCGUACAACGUCGCCGGCGAAGUGGACGAACAAGGCAACAUCAAGGCCAUCGACUAUGACCGCCUCAUCCAAGAAUUCGGCGUGCAACCCCUCACCCCCGACCAACUCCAACGCUUCGAAACGGUGACAGGCAAGAAACCGCACCGGCUGAUGCGAAGGAAACUCUUCUUCUCCCACCGCGACUUCGACAAAAUCCUUGACGCCUACGAGCAAUACGGCACCUUCAUGCUCUAUACCGGCCGCGGCCCAAGCUCAGGGAGCAUGCACCUCGGCCACACUGUCCCAUUCCUCUUCACCAAAGAACUGCAGGAAAUCUUCGACGUCCCGCUCGUGAUAAUGUUAACAGAUGACGAGAAAUACCUCUAUACCCGGCACAAAUCCGAGGGGGUCCAGAAACCGAAUUGCCACAUCCCGGACUACUUAUCCUACGCCCACGACAAUAUCAAAGACAUCAUCGCUUUGGGGUUCGACCCGGCGAAGACUUUCAUCUACUCCGACUACGAGUUUGUGGGUGGGCACUUCUACCAGAAUAUCAACGAGUUCGAGUCCCUCGUCACCUUCAACCAAGCCGCGGGCGCCUUCGGCUUCACUGGCAGCACGAAUAUAGGCCUAAUAGCGUUCGGGGCGAAACAAUGCGUCGCCGCCUUCCCCUCCAGCUAUCCCUCCCUCUUCGGCCUGCCCGACUACCGAGCCCCAGAUUACCCCGCCGCCGCAAAACGAAGACACAAAUCGCUAGCCUCCAUUCCAACCUUGAUUCCCUGCGCCAUAGACCAAGAACCCUACUUCCGCAUGCUCCGCGACCGAUGCGAACGAAUGACCGACCCGCACCCGAAAACCGCACUCAUCCUCUCCAAAUUUCUGACCGCACUACAAGGACCUGGCGGGAAGAUGAGCGCCUCCGACCCCAAUUCCGCAAUCUUCAUGUCCGAUUCCGCUAGUCAAAUCAAGAACAAGAUCAACAAGCACGCCUUUUCCGGCGGACGGGAGAGUCUGGAGGAGCAUAGGAGGCUAGGCGGGAACCCCGAUGUGGAUGUGGCGUUUACGUAUCUUUCUUACUUCCUCGAGUCGGACGAGGAGUUGGAAGAGCUGGCGAGUAAGUAUCGCAGUGGCGAGAUGCUGACGGGGGAGAUGAAGCAGCGGUGUAUCGCCGAACUGCAGAAGUUUGUCGGUGCGUUUCAGGAGAGGAGGAAGGAAGUUAGUGAUGAGGUGAUGAGGAGUUUUAUGCGGUUGAGGAAGUUGGAGUGGAGGGGGAAUCCUAAUCCUACGAAACCUGCACCGCCCGCGAGCGUGGAGGUUCCGGAGACGAACGGAGCGGUUGCGGCGAAGAAGGCGGAGAAGUUGGAGGUGCGGCAGAAGGUGGACGCGGAGCAGGGGCCGGAGCAGGGGCAAGGGGUUGAUGGGCAAGGGACGUGAAAGUGUGCAGGGCACGCGACUGUGCCGCCUGUUAGACGUUCGAAAAUGUGCCUUUAGCGUAGCAGCAUCGCUGUCAAAGUCAUCCGUGGCUGAAUAAAGUGGUCCAUGCUGUGGUUGUCGUACCAUACGUGUUACCACUCGAUCAAUCAUACAUGAACCAUCUGUCCGUCCCGUCGCGGGCUUGGGCUAAGCCCUGCAAGCCAUUACCCUCCUGAACAAACUCCAUCGCUGCAAAGAACCCAACAAAGCAGGCUCGAAUACACAACUCCCGUGCAAUCCACGCC